AUGAGUAAAAACAGCAAACAGUACCGUAAGAGUGCAGGAACUGCUAGUGGAAGAACGAAGCUUUCUUUUUUGUCCAAAGUUAAGAGUUUGGUCAAUAAAGUUUUAGAUAGUUCUGUACCGACUAAUGAAGAUAGUUCUGAUAAUAGAGGCACGGAGAGUUCUACAAAUUCCAAGAGGGAAAAUUCUCCUUUGCCUGGGGGAUUUUUCAAUCCAGACACUUCUGUUUCGAGGAUUAAGGAUAUAGUUCUUGAGAAAAAUAAGAAAGGUAGUUUUAUCCAAGAAGAUAUUUCUGUUUUAGACUCUAGUAUAAUAGAAUCUAGGGAAAAUAUUGAUGCGAAUACAUCUAAUGCAAGAUUAGCCAAGUUUUUCAGUGAAAAAGGUGAUCAACCAUUGUCAGAUAUGGAGAAAGAAGGUGUUUUUUCAUUGUUAAAUAAAUCGGGUAUUUCCAUUCAUGGCUCAGAAGCAAAUGAUUCAAUGGAUUUGCAUGCAUUCAAUGAUUUCGAGUCUUCAAGAAUAUUGAAAGCUUCUGCUCCAUCUUCAAGAAGAGGCUCUUUUAAACCACCUACAUUUAUUCCAAAGUAUGAUUUAUCAACUGCAUCUAAUAUUUCUGCAAAUUCAAGUAUGAGAAGCUCAACAAAAAUGAGAGUAUUUGAUUAUUCCAGCAUGCCUUCCCCUUAUAGAACUACUGUUUAUAGAUACCACUCUGUGAUUGCUGGGAAAGACAAUAAAACCUCAGAUACCUCUAAUGCUGUUAGAAAUACAUCGGUACGAAAACCAGUAGUAAAAGAAAGUACCAAAAAAAUAACAAAUACUGCAUCUGCAUUAAUAUCCUUAUUAGAAAACCAACAAGUAAGCCAACAGCUCGCAUCAAAUUUGGCAAACCCUUAUUCAUCUCAUUUAACACAGCUUCAAGAACAGAAACAGCAAAUGUCUCCUGCUCCUAUUGAUACUGCAAAAACAGUUGCGCCAUUAAAUGAGCAGAGAGAAUCUUCUAAAUCCGAAUCAAAAACUGAAUCGAUUGAUACAGAGGAAAGACAGUCCAAGAAAAACUCAUAUAAUGCAUUGAAACCAAAUGAGGGUACUUCUCAGCCUAUAACAUUCGAUAAAUAUAAGCCAAAUAGAUCUUCUUCAUUACGUUCGGCAGUUGUAACCGCAGAUGCCGCCAUUGAAUCUGGUUCCAACAGAGUUAAUUCUCCAGGGUUCCCUACAUUUCAAUUUAAGAGUCCUGCUAGUAGCACAAACAUUGAGGACCAAGGUGAGGCACCAAAAAAGGAGACUUCAACUUCUAUCUUGAAACCAUUGUCCACCCCCACUCCAACCUCCACAUUCAAUUUUGGCGAAUCAAAACCAACAAGUGAUGUAACAGACACAUCAAGUUCAAUAUUCAAAAAACUUGAACCAGAGCCAACUGAAAUUAGGGAAGUAUUUAGUCAACCUCAACCUGCUUUUAAAUUUGAUGAUAAAUCAAAGAAGAAGCCAUUUGCAUUUAGUCCUAAAUUGAGUAAUAAGUCGGAGGAACCAGUCAUUGAGGUUGAGAAAAUUUCAGAUGGGAAACAGAAUAAAAUUGAAGAACCAAGCUCCUUCUCAUUCGAGAACCCAAAUCCAUCCAACAUUGAUCCAAAUUCAGUAGCAGAAGAGAAAGUUAAGAAAUAUGAAUCAAUGUUUGUAUUUUGA